CCUCUCACGAGCUCCAAGAUCUAAUUUCCAUCGAAGUCUUCCGAUUCUACUUCGAUGCCUGUAAGCGCAUUGGAAAAAUGUGCGACAACGGCGGUGAAAAUGAUAUCCGACAAGAAAAUAAUGGUACACGAGGGAUCGCAGGAUAAAUUGUCAAAGAUAUUUACAUUCGAUGGUAUUUUCGGUCCCUCGUCAACUCAGGUGGACAUAUAUAAUACGGUGGUCAGUCCAUUAUUGAAAGAAGUCAUUGCCGGGUACAGUUGUACUGUGUUUGCUUAUGGCCAGACCAGCACCGGGAAAACAUAUACAAUGGAGGGAACUCUCGUGGACAAUUUGAAUCUGCAUUGGCAGAGUGACACAUCCGCCGGCAUAAUACCUCGCUGCCUGAAUCACCUUUUUGAUGAGUUGCAGCUACUAAAAAAUCAACAACAUACCGUUUGCGUCAACUUUUUGGAAUUGUAUAAUGAGGAGCUGCUUGACCUUUUGACGAAUGACAGCGACAUGCCAUCAAAAAUCAAAUUAUAUGAGGAUAUAACAAAGAAGGGUUCAGUUAUCAUUCAUGGCCUAGAAGAAAUAAUCGUUCACAGUAAGACCGAGAUUUAUAAGAUUUUUGAAAGAGGCUCCGCGAGACGGCAAACCGCGGCGACGAUGCUGAAUUCCAAUUCGAGCCGCUCGCACACGAUAUUCACGAUAACAAUACAUAUCAAGGAGAACACCAGUAGUGGCGAGGAACUGCUAAAAACAGCAAAACUGAACUUGGUGGAUUUGGCCGGUAGCGAGCAUAUUGGCAGAUCUGGAGCGAUCGAAAAAAGAGCGCGGGAAGCCAAAAGUAUCAAUCAGUCUCUGUUAACUCUUGGCAGGGUGAUAACCGCACUCGUGGAAAAGGCACCUCAUAUACCAUACCGUGAAUCAAAGCUGACUAGGCUGCUGCAAGAAUCGUUAGGCGGGCGAACAAAGACGUCAAUAAUCGCGACUGUUUCAUCCGCCAGUAAUAAUUUAGAAGAAACGUUAUCGACGUUGGAUUAUGCUUGUCGGGCUAAAAAUAUCACUAAUCGUCCCGAAAUUAAUCUGAAAGUCUGCAGGAAAACGCUAUUGAGGGAAUAUACCAAGGAGAUCGAAAGACUCAGAAAAGACCUCUUAGCGACACGCGAGAAAAAUGGUAUAUACUUAUCGCUGAAUGAUUACGGCGCCAUGCAAACAUUAAUUGAGGACCAGAAGAAGGAAAUAAAGGAAAAAAACGAGUAUUGCGGAGUACUAGAACAAGUUAUAGAGAGUAAAGAGAAAAUAUUCAAUGAUUUGCGAUCGCAAUAUAGUACUCAAGUAGAUGAGUUAACAAACAAUAGGACUGAAUUAAACAAUAUAAGUAAUUUUUUACAAAUGACGAAAAAGUCUUUAAGGCAAAUCGAAUGCGAUAAAAAUGAACAGGAACAGCUUGUAAGAAAGUACAUUAAAAACGAAAAAAUUUUGCACGAUCAAAUGAAAACUCUUUUAAACGUGGUGGAUGAAGCGUCUGAAGAUGUGCAAAAAUUACAUGACAAACUUGAUCGUAAAAUGAAAGUAGAGGAAGAAAAUGAGAAGCUUGGAUUGCAAAUGAAAAGUAAUUUUGCAAAAUACUGCGAAAAUUAUCAAAAAACAUUAAAUACACAUAUGCAAAAUACAUCGGCUAUGAUGUUCAAUGAGAAUAAAUUAUUGACCGAUAUUUAUUCAAAAUUAGCACCAGAUAUUUGUGAUUUAUUAGAAUCAAGAUACAAUGAUAGUGUUAUGCAGAAUUUGCAAUAUUUAAACAGGAAUAUUUCUGAAAAAUUAGAAAGUGUGUCAAUGUACGCAAAAUAUACGAUGGAAACUCUCUGUAGAAGUCGUCUUGAAGAAUAUAAUUACUUACGUAAUAGUCUAAACAAAAUUAACGAGCAUAUUAAUAGCAUAUUCCGAAAUGAAAAACAAGCGAUGGAAAAUUAUAAAGAAUUCGGAAAGAAAAUGGCAGAUUUAUCAUGUGGAUUUAAUUUUUUAAACAAAUGUAAAGAAAGUUAUUCCGAAAUUAUUAAUACAUCUUAUCAAAUAGAUGAAGUUUGUAAUAAUGUAUACGAUCAAAAUUCACACAAUUAUAGCAGAGAUAUAAUUAAACAAAAUGAUUUAAAAGAUUUUCUACAAAAUAUUACAUCUAUUAUCAAGAAUGAUAUUGACAGCGGUAUUAAUCAGGCAGAAAUAUCAACUAAAAUUGCUCUUAAAAAAGGAAAUGUCUUGGUCACCGAUUUACAAGAGCGUCUAACUAACGGUUGCAUUACCUUAAAGCAAUAUAACAAUAAUGUCCAAUUUAUUGGAAAGCAAUUACAACAAAAAAUGACUGUAGAUAAAAAUAGAAUACUUAUUUCCAAUGAUAAUAUCUAUAAAAUAAUUAAUCAUAUGAGUCUAACUCAUGAUAAACUUAUGAAAAUACAGCAAAAUAAGAUUUUAGAUUUUUCUAAGAUAAUGGAUGACAAUUUAACACAUCAACAAAUAAAAUUAAAGAAUUGGAAUAAUAACAUAAUCGAAGAUUUACGCGCGUCACAACAGCAAAUUGAUAAAUUUCUGAUUGAAGACUUUUGUCGUGACAUUUGCACAGGUUUAUUUUAA